CAGACACUUCAUUGAAAGCACGAAAUAUCUCUACAAUUACAUUCGAGCAGUACAGUAUCAUUGCUGAAGCCGGAUCUACGUCCUGUUCAUAACUACGUCAUUGAUCCUCGACGUUUCUGCCUUUAGGAAUCCCAGCCAUCCACUUUGAACAGUCAACACCAAAGCAAAUCAGCACAAGCUUCAAAGCGAGAUUACUCCGAAAUGUUACAUGGUUGCAUUCUGAAGGGUACUCUCAACAGAGGAACAGAAUCAUCUUUCGGCCUCUGGCAGACAUUACCCGGCGCGAAUGUCUCACGAAUAUUGGCCCGAGCAGGAGUUGACUGGGUUUUAGUGGAUUGCGAACAUGGGAAUAUUGACGAUGCUGCUAUGCACGACGCUGUUCCAGCUAUCGCAGCUUGCGGGGUCAGUCCGAUUGUGAGACUUCCAGAUAUGCAAGGAUGGAUGAUCAAGCGCGCUCUUGAUGCUGGUGCCCACGGGAUCCUCAUCCCGCUUCUUCGAACAGCAGAUGAGGCCAAAGCAAUCGUAUCCGCAGCCAAGUUUCCGCCCCUCGGGAGACGAGGCUUAGGGUCACCCUUCGCAAUGGAACGCUUCAACCCAGUUCCGACAAUGACGGAGUACCUGCAGCAAGCUAAUGAAUCCCUGUUGACCAUGGUACAAAUCGAGACACAGGAGGCACUCGAUAACAUUGACGAGAUUGCAGCUGUUCCCGGCAUCGAUCUUUUGUUCGUCGGUCCUUUUGACCUAGGAAACAAUAUUGGCCACCCCAUCCUCAACGGUGUGAUGAAGCCUGAGUUAGAGCAAGCUGUGGACAAGGUCCUUGAGGCAACCCACAAGGCGGGAAAGAAGUGUGGGUUUUUUGCGAGUAGCGCUGAGCAGGCGAAGAAGUACGCCGACAAGGGCUUCGACAUGGUCUCGGCAGCGUUGGACACCACGCUUUUGCAGGCGUCUUUGGCUACGUCUUUGAGCAUCGCGAGAGGGGCAGCGCCACCAACAUCGGGUGGAAGAUACUAGCUGGACUCGAAUUGCUUCAUUUCGCUACCCAUGAGACUAGAAAAGAAUCGUAGAUCAAUUAAUCAAAACUACAUGAAUACGAGUUCCAAGCUCGAACAAAAUGC